AACUACCAGAAUGCCUUUCUUCUGAACUUGAUUUCAAACAAACAUGGCGUCGCACACAGAAGACAUCGAUGCCGAACCAGAAGACAAAAAAGCAGCCGCAGUGUCGUUUAGCUUCACUAAAACAGUCAAUAAAUUUAAACCUACCACCGGUGACGCUUUGAAUAAAAACGAAGACAAAGAUUAUUUGACAGGGAUCGCUGGAAAAGAAUUACAGAGUACAAAACCGUCAGAGAAGCCCAAAGAACUCAUCAUCCCUCUCAUCCAGAAGAACCGAUGGCAGAAGAUAGAGCGAACGGACAAGAGUGAGGGCAAAGGCGGAAAACGUGAGGAGACGAUAGGAGAGCAGGACUCUGUUGAGUCUCAGGCUGUCAAGGAGCUCAUAGAAGAUACACGGAGGCAGCUGGAGGAGUGGCAGAAUGGCCCCCAGACACAAAUUGACCCGAAUCUUUCCAUCCCUUUAUUGAUGCAAAACAAGGCACCUGAAGGCUUUGAGGAUGGAGAGCUCAUCAAAGUGGAUCUACGGCCUGAAUCUUCGACAGAGGCAGAUUAUGAGAGUAUUCCUGUGGAGGCGUAUGGACUCGCUAUGCUGAAGGGAAUGGGCUGGAAGAAAAGUGAAGGCAUCGGACGAACCUUCAAACAAGAUGUGAAGCCAAUUGAACACCAGCUGCGUCCAAAGGGUUUGGGUCUUGGAGCGAACCGCUCGGCAAUUAAGGACCUGGAGCCCACCAAACAUAAGCGACCGCCCAAACCAGGAGAACAGCGAGAGAAGGAAUUAGUCCUGGGCCCAGGAGGGUUUGUUCUGGUGGAGUCGGGGGUUCAUAAGGAUCUGUACGGACAGAUCGAAGGCCUCGAUCCAGACAACGCUCGUGUUGUGGUGAAGCUGGCCAUCGGUGGAAAGACUAUAACUAUCAGCCAGUACUGUAUGAAACUGGUCGAACGCGGGGAAUACGAGAAGUACAGCAAAGACCUCAGUCGACUCAGUAAAGCUCACAAAGACAAGGAAAGGCAACAAGAGAAGGCGAAGCAGAAGGAGAAGGAGAAGGAACGCGAAAAGGAGAAACAGAGACAGGAGGAGAAAGAGAGGCGGAGUGACGGAGCAAAACACAGGUCGUCGGAUAAAGACGACAGGAAGAGGAAACAUCGAGAAUCCAGUCAGGACAGGUAGAGAAGCCCUCCAAUAAAAGAAGCCAGGAAGACUCCAGCCCCGCCCUGCUGGCUACAGAGGGAUUUAAAAGUUCGUUUUAUAGAUAGAACUUUUAAAGGGGGCCGAUACUACAACUCAAAGAUGUGUGUAGAGGACGUUCUGACACCAUCUGUCUGUGUGUGUCGCACCGAAGAGGGAAGACUCCUGGACGAUGUGAAGCAGGAUAUGCUGGAAACCAUUGUCCCUAAAGGUGAAUCUGACUCUGUGAUGGUUGUGCUGGGUGAACACAGAGGUCAGAUCGGCCAUAUUCUUCAACGGGACAAGAACAAGUGCAAAGCGAUAGUUCAGCUUCAUCGAUACGAGAAGGUGUUUGCGCUGGACUACGACUCCAUAUGUCACUACGUGGGAGCAGCUGAACAUUAACGUGUUCUCCUAUUUAUCAUCAGUUGUUUUUUAUCAUCAUGUGGCAAUGUGUAUUUUUUGUAGUAUUCAUGAACUGUCAAAGAAGAUUAUGGUUUUAAUUUUAUGAGAAAUUUGUAAUAAAACAUGCAUCUAAGGAC